CGGAAGUAUUAUUCGUACCAAAGAAGAUCCAUGUCAGCUCCCUCCGCUGAUCGGCUACAAGCAUAACGGCUGUUACUUGAACCCUGGUCCGUCUAGCCUUCCCCACAGGCUUGCUUUUUCUGCAUGUCGGAGUCCCGCGGUGAUAAGAGAGCUAUUCGGUCCUGUUAAGAUGCUUCUCUAAUGUUUGUGCCCGUCUAUUCUUGCUUCUCAAAAUUGUUGUCUUCGUGAACUGACUGAAUGACAAUGCCGUCGGUAGCAAUCCAUCGUUUUAGAACAUUGGAGCCGAAAAUACACCAUCUUUGUGAUGCCGUGAACAUCGCAGACAAUUUAUUUAACCACGCUAGUCUAUACGGUCACUUCCUGCAGACUGACUACACGUCAAACUUUGAUGGUAAUACAAGCUCAAACUCACACGAUACAAACUACGACCCACCACCUUUGAUAAACCUCUCUGUUGCGCCAAAUUCUAGAUUUUCCACUAUGGAGCCUCUAUCUCGAGAAGAACUGGAACGUUUCCAGAAACUCUCAAAUGAAUAUGAACCCGACGUACAGGGCCCUUUAGUUUCCGCAAAACAAACCAGCCGAACAAUUGCUGCUGAAUACUCAAACGCCGACCCAACAUAUGUCACCAAAACAAAUGCUCUUGCGGUAACGCAUCCUUUUACACGAGUAAUGAAGGGAGAUGGGAAUUGUGGAUGGAGAGCGGUUGCAUUUGGCUACUUUGAAAACCUCUUUAUUCUCCGCGAUACAGUAAAAGUUCAACAAGAACUCGCUCGAAUCAAGUCUAUGAACAGCAUGCUCGACCAAGUGGGACAUCAAGAAUAUCUGUAUGAGACUUUUGUGGAUGCUACGGUGGAGACCUUUAAUCAAGUCAUUGACUCGAUAAAUAAAGGCGUGCCCGAUGAAACCUUCUUGGUGAACAUCUUCAACGACUUUAACGAGUCUAUGUCUAUUAUCACACAUUUCAGGCUUCUCACUAGCUCUUGGAUGAAAAUUAAUCACGUCCGAUACCAAGCAUUCCUCUCCACCCCUCUCGAUCAAUAUUGCGCUACUCAAAUCGAACCUACAAAAUCCGAGAUUGAUGAAGUUGGACUACAGGCACUUGUAGAUGGAGUCAUCGAACAGUCCGGUAUUGCUGUCGAGAUUCUCUAUCUGGACCGGAGUCAGGGCGAUGCAGUUACUCCGCAUCUUUUGUCGCCAAGCAGACAAACCUCUGCGACCAUCAAGCUCUUAUAUCGCCCCGGCCAUUACGAUAUUUUGUACUCGGCAGAGCCCACUAUCCAUAUGUCACCUGUGGUGAAUUAUCAAUAUGGAAUGUCAAUGAAUUACACCCCAUGGGAUGAAGGAGCGCUGCCUUUUGAUGUCAACCCGCAUCUCAUGUCGAUUCCGGGGUUGAUGAUGGACCCAUCUCCGUAUACUCCUACGUCGAGCUCCAUGUUGCCGCCGUCUUCGCAAGGUUACAUGCCAUCGCCUCCACAGCACGACUAUUAUUCUCCAUCCAUGAGUCCUUCAGUGCCGACCACCGUGUCUUCUCCUACUCCUUCAACUCUUCCACUAAGCCCGGUCCAAAACAAAUCGAACGAUGGACCUCAGAUUAGACUGAAUCCACUUGUGAUGAAACAAAACCUUAGCCACUCGCUUCCAGUUACCACUCCCUUUAAGAACAGCUCCCCGUACAAUCAAGCACACUUUCUCAACUCAGACUUCGAGCCGAUCCAUUGGGAACCAAAUGAAGGACGUAAGUAGGAUAUUAGUUACGAUGAUCACCCGAACAUCGAAGCUCAAUUUUCAUGGGCACAUUAUUUGCGAACAUCUAUCACUCGAUCGAGCUGUCUGGCGGUAUGGUAAUUAUG